AUAUAAUAUUAAAGCACAUUUGGUUUAGGAAUAGUCAAUUUUAUGGUUAUAACAAAUUAGCCACGGAUAUCGUCUACUUUCUCUCCUUCGUUCACUAUAUUUUCUGCUUACUAGAAAUUGCCCACAGGUUAUUUGGGUUUUGUCUCCUCCGGUCCUUGUACUUUCACGCCCUAUUGCUGGACUAUAUUGGAGGUCUUUUUUGCAAAUUCUCUGACUUCCAUUUGUACGUGUUAUGUUCCGGACGUUUUGCCGACAAUAUUCUCCAAUCACUUUUCUUUGUUCACUGCCUACCCAUGUCCUCCAUUUGACCUCAACUUUUGGGUGUUUUCACGUCACCCUUGCCUCCACCUGCUUCGUAUCUACCGUUGACUGGUUGUUUAUCUUGAUUUCUCUUCUUCUUUUUUUCGUAAGUUGUUCGAUUUAGGGAUUAAACUCAUAUUUUACUUUAUGUAUGCUUUUCUUACUUCGCUUUCUGUUCUUCCGAAUUGAGAAUUAUUUUAUGUUGCAUACCGAUAAUGCCCAAAGCUUGUAAGCGUACUCUGUUUGAACCUGGGGAAUCUUCUAUUGGAGGUGCUGUCUCUGGGUCACGUAAAUCUCGACUACUUUCUGCUCUUUCUUCCCGUCUUUUGCUUUCCUCACUUCCUAUGAUGACUGUGGAAAUUGCUCAUGUGUUUGCGAAUUUUGUGGUGCGUUUUUUUUGGUAUGCUAAGAGAGUUUUGUCGUUAUCCCGUUCUAAUCAUCCAUGUUAUAACCAUUGUUGUAAAUCAGGCUCCGUUAUAUUGCCUUAUCCUCUUUCUCCACCACCUGCAAUAGCUGUUUUGUAUGGUGAUGCGACUUUCAUUCAAAGUAUUAGGGCUUAUAAUAUCAUGUUUUCAAUGACAUCUCUUGCUGCUGUUGUGGACAAAGAGAUUAACAAAGGAUCUGGUCCUUCUGUUUUUAAGGUUUCCGGCCAAAUAUCACAUUGGAUAGGGUCACUGUGUCCUGAAGAUGGUAAAGGUCCACGUUUUUUACAGCUUUACAUUGUUGACACUGAACAUGAAUUGUCAAACAGGCUGCGUGCUUUUGAUGAUCCAUCAAAACCGGCAUUAGAUGAACGUGUUAUUGCAACCUUGAUUCGAGAAUUGACACUUCAUAAUGAAUACGUACGCACUUUCAAGACCGCUAAAGAAAUUGUUGAUGCUGCUCAAUUGGAUUCGUAUGCUGUGUGUCUUUUUAAUAACGUACCUGAUCGUAAUGAACCUCCAUCGUCUGUGACACUUGGUUGCAUUGUUUGUGGUGAUGAUUCUGCGGCCAACAAGUAUGACAUCAUUGUGUAUUCGAAAUCUGGACAUCCACAGCAGGUUAGCAAGCUCCACCCAACUUAUAUGGCAUUACAAUAUCCUUUACUAUUUCGAUUUGGAGAGGAUGGUUGGUCCCUGCGUAUGAAAUUGUGUAACGAAACCGGUUCUAAUGCAAGAAAUCUAACAGUAAAUAUGUACUAUGCUUAUCAUAUUCAUGCGCGCUCUAAUAUUUAUUCGUUGGUGCUUAAUUCAUGUCGUUUGUUCCAACAAUAUUUGGUGGAUGCUUAUACAUGUAUUGAGCAGAGCCGUCUAGACUAUUUUCAAAGUCACCAAGAUCAGUUAAGAUCUGAAUAUGUCAGUGGAAUUUAUGACGCCAUUUCUAACGGAGACACGGAGAGUCGAUCAGUUGGUAAAAGAGUCCUUUUGCCUCCGUCUUUCACUGGUGGUCCGCGUUACAUGUACAGUCACUAUCAAGAUGCACUUUCCAUUUGUAGGGUGUAUGGAAAUCCACAAUACUUCAUCACAUUUACAUGUAAUGUUAAUUGGCCCGAAAUCAGGCGUUAUAUGGAUUUUCAACAUCAACAUGAUACUCAUAGUAGAGCUGACAUCAUUGCUCGGGUUUUCCGUAUGAAGGUGAAAUCAUUUAUCACUUUUUUGAAGGAGGAUAAGACUUUUGAAACUGUCAUUGCACAUUUGUAUACAAUUGAAUUUCAGAAGAGAGGUUUACCUCAUUGUCAUACAUUGCUAUGGGUGUCCGAUUAAGAUAAAAUUCGAGAUCCAACUACUGUUGACAACUUUAUAAGUGCUGAACUUCCGAAUCCGUGUUCUGAACCUUUACUAUAUCAGACAGUUACAACUUCUAUGAUACAUGGUCCUUGUGGUUUGUUAAAUAUGAAGUCUCCGCGCAUGAAAGAUGGGCGUUGUACAAAGCGGUAUCCGAAACCCUUUGUUCAUCCCACGACGUUUGACAAACAAGGUUAUGCCCAUUACAAGAGAAAUUCGUCUUCACGUCACACUCUUCGUAGUGGUGUCCAGAUAGAUAAUGGUUUCAUUGUUCCAUAUAACAAAAGACUAUGUUGUCGUUUCAAUGCACACACAUAAACGUGGAGUACUGUGGAUGGAACAUGAUGAUCAAAUACCUUUUCAAAUACAUUUUCUAAAGGGGUAGACCGGGUGCGAUUUAGUCUUCAGAAGACUGAUUCUAACAAAGAAUGUCCGAUUGCUGUAGAAACUCCUGUUACUGAUGAGAUUCGAAGCUUCUUAGACGGGCGGUACAUCUGUCCCCACGAAGCGGCAUGGCGCAUUCUUGACUUCCCGAUUCAUGAACAUGACCCACCGGUGAUGAUACUUCCAGUCCACUUAGAAAAUAGGCAAACUGCAUAUUUUAAGGAAGACAUUCCUCUGAAGGAUGUUGUACGGAAUCCCGGGUUCGCAAUAUCACCGCUUCUUGGUUGGUUCAAUCAUAACAAAGAUACCGUCGUUCGUGAUAAUGAAAAUCAGAGUAACAGUGAAAAUGAAACUGGAGGUUUAGAUUUAACCUACAUAGAUUAUCCAUCUAAAUUUUGGUGGGAUAAAACUGCAAAAUGGUGGGUGUUGAGGCAUCGGAGUAUGUCAAAAACCAUCAGCAGACUUGUGUUCGUACACCCAUCUGCCGGUGAACUGUUUUACCUGCGUUUUCUACUUUUUCAUCAAAAAGGUUGUAUAUCUUACGAGGCUGUUCGCACUGUUUUUGAUCGUGUGUACCCAAAUUAUCGAAGUGCAUGUCACGCAUUGGGUCUGAUCGGUGAAGACAAAGAAUGGAUGACGGCAUUCACCGAGGCAUCACAGUGGGCAACAUCUUCACAGUUGCGCUCCCUCUUUUGUCACUUGCUUUUAUUUUGUGAGGUGAGCAAUCCGCUUGCAUUGUGAGAAAUCGAUUGGCGAAAAAUGAGUGAUGACUUUACUAUACAACAUAAGUGCCAAUGUUUCUGUUAUACCAAUGCACAUUACUGACUUUCACUUAUAACAACAAUUGUUAUUUGAGUCGGAAAAAAUACUUAGAUCAUGCACGCCAUCAAAGUCAGUUGCAGACUUCCACUUACCAUUAUCAUCGGAAGCUGUAGUCGCUCUUUUGGAAAAUCGGCUACUUUUAGAGGAAACCUGUUACGACAAGGAACUUCUACAAAAUCAGCAUCAACAAAUGUAUUCUGUCCUCAAUUCAGAGCAGCUACACAUUUAUAAUGCAGUUUGUUGAAAAUAUGCUUUAAGGAAUCCACUAAUGAGCAAUAAAAGUAGUUAUGGUUUUGUCAGUUUUUAUUUUUGAAUUGAAUAAGUUUAAUUAGGAGUUAGUGGAUAGUUAUGCUCUAGUUAAUUUUCAGUUAUGAAUAACAGCUAUAUAAGCUGAUGUAGUACAAUGAUUUUGAUAUUCUAUUUUCCAAUUCCAGUCAUUGCAUAGCA